ACCAGAUAUUUACCGAAGCGCAUGCAAUGACACCUGGGCAGACUACUCAAUGUGUACGAAGACCAAUUCCGGUCGUACAGAGUACUUCAACGGUUUCGCAAACUUUUCCCGGUACAGCAGCGUUCACCAAUCCAAUGAAUUUCGUAUCAUUACCAAUCUCCGAGAAUCCGAAGACGCCAAGCGUAAUAAAUACGCAUCACAAUGUAUAUGCGCUGGGAGGCGUUGAGUCAAUGCUAAAUGCAACUGGCCAAAAUCAUAGUUCACCAGUAAGUCAACGAAAUCUGCAGCUUGAGCGACUAGAGGAGGAGUUCAAGAUCCAGCAACAGUACCUGGAAAAUAAAUAUAAAAUUUUAUCGCAAUCUUCGGAAUCUAUCUCGUCGAACACCUUUAGUUUACUCAACAAUGGGCCAACAGCUACGCAACUAGCAGCAAGGCAAUCUAUACCAAAACAACUGCCUAUGUUCAGCGGCGAUCCUGAGGAGUGGCCGCUAUUUAUCAGCACAUUUGAAAAUAGCACUGCAGUAGCUGGAUACUCAGACGCGGAGAACCUCAUUCGUUUGCAAGCUUGUCUCAAAGGUAAGGCUCGUGACAUAGUGAAAAAUAAAUUAUUUUUGCCAUCUAUGGUUGCCGACAUAAUCCAAACGCUAAAGAUGUGUUUCGGUAGACCUGAGCAGAUUCUUGAACGUGCAAUGAAUAGGGCUCGCGCAAUGCCUCCUAUUAAAGAUAAAUUAGAAUCACUGAUAGAUUUCGCCUUAUGCGUGAAGAAUAUUUGUACAACUAUGGAAGGAUGUCAGAUGUAUGCACAUUUACACAACCCACUUCUCGUCAAAGAAUUAGUCGACAAACUUCCGAAUAAUCAAAAACUCAACUGGGCGAUGACUCCUAAAGACAAUGCAAUCCCUGCUGUUAAAUUAUUCAGCGACUGGCUUUACAAACUUGCUGAAGCUGCUAGCAUGGUCGUAUCUUUUACGCCAACCAGAGAUGAAGGUUCAGCAGUAACAUUAAUCGAUAAGAAUUUAUUUGAUGAACUUGGCCUUAAAGGUACACAUGAUCCUAUAUGUCUACGGUGGACUGGUAACACGACACGCUCCGAAAAUGAAUCAGUGCGAGCAACAAUCAAGAUCUCGAAUGCUACCAAUAGGCGUACAUAUAAAUUGAAUGGUGUGCAUACUGUCAACGCCCUCGACUUACCUGAGCAGUCGAUCGAUGCUGAAACAAUAGCUAAAAAAUAUCCGCACUUGAACGGUUUGCCAAUCGAAUCUUAUAAUAAAGUGAAACCAUCGUUACUCAUUGGCGCUGAGAACUGGAAAUUAGCUGUUCCUUUAAAAGUAAAAGAGGGAGCGUGGAUGCAGCCAAUCGCUUCGAAAACGCGUCUAGGCUGGACAGUUCAAGGCGGUCAGAACGAUCACAUUUUUGACUUCCGACUCAACGUUCACUAUUGUGACUGCCAGAAGGGCUACCUAGAAUUACAUGAGAGAGUAAAGGAGUUCUUCAGAUUGGAGUCACCGGACGCAUCAAAUUUGUUAUCUGCAGAAGAUCAAACGGCCGUAGACUUAAUGAAUGCCACAUGUCGCAAGGUUGAUGGUUUUUACGAGAUUGGUUUGCCAUGGCGAGAUCCAAAUGUAUCUCUACCAGACAGUUACUCAAACGCGCUUAACCGAGCCAUAUGUCUCAAGAGGAAGUGUGCUCGAGAUCCAAAUUUGAGAGCAGAAAUUCAGCAGCAAAUUAACAAUCUAGUAUCAAAAGGUUAUGCUGAAAAACUAAGCACACCUGAACUUCACAUGGAAAGGGAAAAAGUAUGGUAUCUUCCCAUAUUCGUAGUAACGAACCCAAAUAAACCGGGAAAGGUACGUUUAGUUUGGGACGCUGCAGCGAAGGCCAAAGGGGUAUCGCUAAACGACUUCCUGCUUACUGGUCCAGAUAUGCUCAAUUCACUGUUCGAGAUAUUGUUGGCGUUUAGAGUAGGUAAAGUAGCCAUAUGCGGUGACAUCUCCGAGAUGUUUCACCGUAUCAAAGUCAGAGAAAGCGACCGACAUGCUCAGCGAUUUUUAUGGUGGGACAACGAUGAAGAAUCAAAACAACCGAACAUUUACGUCAUGCGAGCAUUCGGAACGAGCUGCGCUCCUUACAUUGCGCAUUUUGUGCGCGAUAAAAAUGCGAGCUGUUUUGAAGAAGAUUUUCCACGAGCGGUAGAAGCGAUCCAAAAACAUCACUAUGUGGAUGAUUUUAUAGAUAGUGAAAACAACGAGCAAGCAGCUUUAGAAUUAGCUCUGCAAGUUAAGCAAAUUCAUGCAUCUGCCGGUUUUAACAUACAUAGCUGGACCUCCAACUCCAAGUUCGUCCUCGAACAACUACGUGGAGAUGCGGCAGAAAUUCAAGGCCCGAAAGAGUGGGGAUCUGCGGCAAAAAUAUUAGGGCUUAAAAUCCUUCUCCAAGAUAUUUGGCGAUCUGAUAUUGGAUGGGAUGAACCCCUAAGCAUAGAUUUAUAUGAAAAAUGGUGCCAUUGGAAGUCAAAUAUUGAAGUUAUAAAGACAGCGAAAAUUCCUCGCUGCAAUUCAGAGUUUUUACAACAUGCGAAGGAGGUUCAACUUCACAUGUUUGUGGAUGCUGGCGAAAACGCAUAUUCAGCUGUGUGCUAUUUCCGUGUUGAGCAUACUAAUGGCAUCUCCGUUGCACUCGUUGCCGCGAAAUCAAAGGUCUCGCCUCUAAAGCCAUUGUCUAUACCUAGACUAGAGCUUCAGGCCGCACUCGUAGGAGUAAGACUAGCAGGUGCAGUACUUAAUGUUCAACGCAUACCCAUAACAAAACACUAUUUUUGGACGGACUCGAAGACGGUUCUAAGGUGGUUGCGAAUGGACCCGAAGAACUUCAAACCGUAUGUUAUGCAUCGAGUCGGAGAAAUUUUAGAGUCCACAAAUGUAUCCCAAUGGGAUUGGGUACCUUCGAAAGAGAACCCGGCCGACUUAGCCACGAAAAGUUCAGUUGAGCUUAACUACAAGAUGUGGUUCUCUGGUCCACAGUUUUUACUAUCUCAAUCGAAUGAGUGGCCUCAUUGCAAAGAGUUCAAAGGCGACGAAAUCGACCAAGUCGAACUAAAACGUUACGUGCUGCAAAUAGACAGGAGCAGUUGCGACGUUCUUCUUGUUUUAUUCACCUGUCUAACACUGCGCGCUAUUCAUAUGGAAAUUGCGCACAGCCUGGAUACAAGUUCUUGCGUUAUGUCGAUCAGAAAUUUUGUAGCUCGCCGUGGCUACCCACGACAAAUCUUCACCGAUAACGGCACGAAUUUCAAAGCUGCGAAAAAGAUCAUAUGCGCGGAGAUGAAAGAG